AAAAUUCUACUCGUUUGGCCAGCUUUAUACAGCAACUAGCAGGACUCCAAACCACCCCACUUAUCUGGAGCCUAUAUAAGACACACAUUGCCACCAAUCCAACACAUAUCAACACUCAAAGAGUACUCUACACUUACAAGAGUGAUAACAUUGUAAGAGAUAUCAACCUCUCUCUUUUUCAAGUUUCUCGAGUGUUAAUAUGGCAUCUAGCUCAAUGUCUUCGCAUGGUUCGGACUCAUGGACUGCCAAACAGAACAAGGCCUUUGAGAGGGCGCUUGCUGUGUUCGACAAGGACACCCCAGACCGUUGGCACAAUGUUGCCAAAUGCGUUCCUGGAAAAACCGCUGAGGAAGUGGAGAGGCAUUAUGAACUGCUUAUGCAAGAUCUCAGCAGCAUUGAGAGCGGCCGAGUUCCCUUCCCCAAUUACCGAGCCACCAGAGGUGGCGCGUAGAUGAGGAUAAGGAAUCUAACGGUCCAUGAAUGUGCCAAUAAGGAAGAUCCAACGGUCGUUUUCUUUAAUGUAAUUUGAUUAAUAUUGUAAUUAGGGAAUCAUAUAAGUGAUUCCUUGAUGUAAUUUGAUUUUUGCCAUAAGUUGGCACCUCUAUCUUCUUCAAAUGAAAUAGCAUUAGAAUUUAAAUAAUUUAUGUUAAAA